GCGCAAAGGGCCUGCCGGGCACGCAAUCUUCCAACCCCACCUCGCAGGUCCGGCCGCCGGCGCCUGGCUGGUCCUCGCGGCACCUGCUGCGCCCUCAAGCUUUCCCAAUCUCCUGCCUCCCUGCCCAGGAAUGCUACACUCGCCCUCUCCCCCUGGCGUCCCUGUCCUCGGGACGUGCGGAGGCAGGAGAAGAGGGCAUUAGGAAGGAGGCGGGAACGUGGAAGACGGUCCCAGCCUUCCCCGCCCGCCACCCCCACCCCAACUCAACAGCCGUCACGUGGUGCCUGGAGUGGGAGGUGGGGAGAAGAGGCGAGACUUUUUGGGUGCUCCGGAUCGCCAGUACUUCCUUCAGUCUCAGCCGCCAACUCCGGAGACGCCGCGCUCUGCCGGGGAGCGCCAGCGAGACGAGCGGCGACCCGCAACCGGGAUCCCCGGCGCGGGCGAUGCGGGCGCCGCUGGCGGCACCUGCGGCUCCUCUCGACCGAGGCGGUCGCCUCGGCGGCAGCAGCGCGGGCCCCAGAAGCCUCGGCAGCCACAGCCGCUGCGGCCCGGGCAGCCUCCGCCGCGGUCGCCGCCUCUGAGGCGCUUGCCCGCUCCCGGCCCCGCGGCUCCGGGAUGAUGUGGCUCCUCGGCAUCGCAGCAACUUUUUGCGGAUUGUUCUUGCUUCAAGGCUUCGCGCUGCAAAUUCAGUGUUACCAGUGCGAAGAAUUCCAGUUGAACAACGACUGCUCCUCCCCGGAGUUCAUCGUGAAUUGCACCGUUAACGUUCAAGACAUGUGUCAGAAAGAAGUGAUGGAGCAAAGUGCGGGGAUCAUGUACCGGAAGUCGUGUGCAUCCUCCGCGGCCUGCCUCAUUGCCUCGGCGGGGUAUCAGUCGUUCUGCUCCCCAGGGAAACUGAACUCAGUGUGCAUCAGCUGCUGCAACACCCCUCUGUGCAACGGGCCCCGGCCCAAGAAAAGGAGCAGCUCUGCCUCAGCCCUUCGGCCCGGGCUCCCCACCACCAUCCUGCUCCUCAAAUUAGCCUUCUUCUUGGUACACUGCUGAAGCUAAGGGAGAUGCCAGCGCCUCCUGCAUUGUGCUGCCGGCCCUUGCUCCCCCUGACUUCAUCCACAAGAUUCUUCUGGGUGUCCUUUGAAUCUGGGUAGGGAGUCUGUAUUCUCUUUCUUUUUGUUCUUUUGCAAAUCACGAAAGAUCUCAGUGUAAAACAUUUUUGUAAGCGGUGAAUAAAUUCAGUCUGACUGAAUUUUCAGUGUGUAUUUAAAGGGAGGGAGGGAGUGGAGCAAAAGUUCCUCCCCUUCUGUAACCAGAGUCAUGAGCAGGCUGGCAGAAUCAGCCCGUAGACGGCCCUCAAGUGGGCACCUGCCUUUUCAGGGCCCCUAGCUUCCACUCCUGUCCCUGAUGGGGGCACAGAUUAUUUUGUCACUGCAGUGUGAAGGUAAUGUUGCUUUUGCCAGGGGAGGGCCAG